CCACAUCAGAAUUAAAGCCUUUUACUUUGGUUUCGUCUGGGGAAAGAGAUAAUAAAUCAGAACAAACGGAAAAUUGACACCGAUUGAUUUUCACUCCUGAACAUCUGAAGACAUGGCAGUGGCUGAUUACCUUUUUGCCAAUUUUCCUCAGAGGUAAAAAGGGUUAAUAUAAGCUGAUUGUUUUACUUGUUCAUUGUCAAGAAAGACUGAAGAAAAGACAUUUCUUUGUAAUCCUUUGAGAGCAGAUCCCUACUCUCUGUUCUUUUAAACAUUUGCCCUUGCCUUUUUUUGAACCAAGGACAACAACAUUGAUUGGUUUCUUCUUCAGCACUCAGCCAGCCGGACAGGUGAAACUCAAACUGACUUUAGUUGGACAUCAGAAGCUGAUUUUUCCUUCAUGCUUGGAUUGCAGUUUCACUUAACCAUGAGAUAACUAUACGUUGAGCUAGGUGCUUGAGUAACCCUCGUUCAACAUGGUGGUGACUCGUCUGGAGCUGGAGCUAUGCUACCAGGGCAAGAAGUUACGUGGCGUGACAUGGAAAUUGACUCGAUCAGAAUAUGGCUUCCUGCCAGAGAGCUCCUGGCUCAUUGCUGUCCAGGUUAUCGUGCCGUUCCUGGUGUCAGGACUCGGGAUGGUCUCCGCUGGUAUUGUUAUGGACCUUAUACAACACUGGGAGGUGUUCAAGGUGAUAACUGAGGUGUUCAUCCUUGUGCCUGCACUGGUUGGACUCAAAGGAAACCUGGAGAUGACCCUGGCUGCUCGCCUCUCCACUGCUGCCAACACAGGCCAAAUGGAUGACCCUGAUAGACAAUGGACCAUGGUGUGCAGCAACCUGGCACUGAUACAGGUUCAGGCGACAGUGGUGGGCUUCCUCGCCGCAUUGGCAGCCGUGUGCUUAGGGUCAUUUUCUAGAGGGGGUGUCGAACUGGACCAGGCAGCUGUUCUCUGUGCGAGCAGCAUCACCACUGCCUUUUUAGCUGCUCUCUCCUUAGGCUUGGUGAUGAUUGGAGUGAUCAUCGGCUCCAGGAAGGUGGGGAUCAACCCUGACAACGUGGCCACCCCCAUUGCUGCCAGUCUGGGUGAUUUGAUCACCCUGUCCCUGCUGGCUGGGGUCAGCAGCACACUCUAUGAAUAUAUAGAUAUAUGGUACCUGUCCCCCCUGGUGUGUCUGAUCUUCCUGGCUCUGAUCCCACUGUGGGUGGUGGUGGCCCGACAGAGCCCUCAGAUCAGGGAGGUUCUCCGCUCAGGGUGGCAGCCUGUCAUAGUAGCCAUGUCCAUUAGCAGUUUUGGAGGCCUUAUACUGGACAAGACAGUGAGUGAUCCCAACUUCAAGGGCAUGGCUGUCUUUACACCCGUCAUUAAUGGAGUGGGUGGCAACUUGGUGGCCAUCCAGGCCAGUAGGAUCUCUACCUACCUGCACUUCUGGAGCAUCCCAGGGGUGCUGCCUUACAAGAUGAGGCAGCACUGGCCCAAUCCCUGCAUCACCUUCUUCUCCGCAGGGGUGAACUCCAAGUCAGCACGGGUGCUUCUGCUGCUGGUCAUCCCCGGUCACCUGGUCUUCCUCUACGCCAUCUCUCUGCUGCAGGGAGACGAGGCACCUAUCUCUGUAGCCUUCACCAUCUGCUACCUGUGUGCUGCUCUGCUACAGGUGGCCAUCCUCCUUUACUUUGCUGAUCUCAUUAUCCGUUUGAUGUGGAGACGGAGUCUGGACCCUGACAACUUCUCCAUCCCCUACCUGACCGCCAUGGGAGACCUGCUGGGCACUGGCUUUCUGGCCCUCUGCUUCCGCUGCGUCUCACUGGUUCAUGGCCUGGGUCUCUGAAUGUCUCCCCUCUCACCCCCAAACUCAAAGCCAGCCACUGUCUUGUUGCACCAAGUUUGUUACAUUUACACAGAGAUACUUUUGAUUGGACAGUAAAGCAUUUUCUGAUGGUUAUCACUGGGCCAGUUCAUACAGAGGAACUUGUCUUUGUCAGAAAUUCAAACCUUUACAGUGAUGGAGAGAAGGCACAGGCAACACCCCACCCAUUUACACCAUCUUCUGGGAGAAGGCUUUGCGUCAUAAACACGUCCGGCCAAUCAGAUUCUUUCAUUUGAGGACAAAAAACGUUAAUAUGUGUUGAAGUUUUAUUUCUCUGUCCAUCACUAUAUUGACCUUUAUUUUGAAAUCAUUCCUCUUUAUCUGUCUUUUAGUUUUAUUGCAUUAACUAAAUGUGAGUUUGGUGCUCACCUCAUCUCUCAGCUCACCUUUUUGGCUUCAUCAGGGGAAAAUGUAGCAACUUUACAUCAUAGCAGCAAGACUGAACAAAUGGUCCAUUUGAAUGUGGAAAUAUCAAACAGACUUACAGCAGCCCAUGUUUGAGUGGGCUGUACUAUGCAUCAAUGCAAGAGAUUGUGGAGGUCGAUGUAUGUAGUACACUAACUGGAAUUUUCAUGGCUGCAUGUCCAACAUAUGUUACAUGGCAUUGAUUUAGAAUGAAUGGGACAGAUUUAGUUGUCAUGCUAAUCAGGUCAUGUACCUGUAACACACAGGGGAAUGUUUCAUCAUUACAUGAAAAGAAUUGAAUCUCCACUAUUAUUCUUAUAAUGUACUUUAUGUACUGUCUUUUCUUAACGUUUUCUGCAAAUUUAUUUCUGAGGUACCGUAAGAGGCAAACAGAUAGAAUGGGGUAAUCGGUACUUUCAUGACCGAAGGCAAAUGGCAUGGCUGGAAACAAUAUGAUUAGGAGGAAGACACUAUCAGUAGCUGUGGUGGGAGUUUGUGUCAGUCAUGAGCAAUGAAUUCACCUCUGUUCUGAGUGUGUCAUGUUGCAGAGGACUGUGCAAAGCGGAUUUACCAGCUUGAACAUUUCCCAUAAGUGGUAACUGUCAUGAGAUGGUAUACUGCACCCGAAAGACUUAUGAAAGAGACAUGUUUGGUAGCUCUGUUAGUUGGAGAACCAUUAACCAAUGUUUCAGCGAAAGCGAACUGACGCAAAGACUUUUUGUUUGUAGAAGGGAGGGUAUCCACCAGCAACUUCUUGACAGCUUUAAAUUAUCUUUGCAUCUCUAAUCCCUUCUGUAAAGGCAUCUACCGGCAGCAUGUCAUUUUUAUGCCUCUGUGCUGGUGAAAGCCGUGGCCUGAGGCACUACUUUUUAGGGUUGUUGGUAUGUCAUCCGUACAUCCAUCCCUCCGUCCCAUUCUUGUGCAUGAACUGAUUAGUUUUUGGUCAAGGUCACUGUGACCUUGUCUGUCUCAUUCUUGCGAACACAAAAUUGUGAAAACACCUCGAAGGAAUUCCCUCACAGUUGGCACAAACAUUCAGUUGGAUUGGAACUAAUUAGAUUUUAGAGGUCAAAAGUAAAGGUCACUGUGACCUUAAAUCCAUCUCAUUCUCGUGAAUGCAAUAUUUCAAAAACACCAGAAUGUCUUUAAAUUUGACACAAACCUCCAGAAGGAGAUCAAGAUGUAGAAACAGAUUACAAUUUGGCGGUUAAAGGUCAAAGGGUCAAGGUCAGUGUGACCUCACAAAAAAUGAUUUUGGCCAUAACUCAAGAAUUCUUGUGCUAAUUAUGACAAAACUAAACAGGAAUGUGUAACAGGAUAAAACGAUAAAGUGAUGACAUUUUAUAUCCAAAGGGUCAAAGGUCAACUUCACUGGGACAUCAUAAUGUUCUGCAUAAAACAAUUUUCUGGCCAUUACUCAACAACAUAUCUCAGCAAUCAGCACAGUCCAGGGCCCACCUUGAAACUGUGCUAAUUGUACAGAUCUUCUGUGCUGGUGGGGGAAGGAUGUGAGUGAAGCAUCCAUGUUUUCACAGACAUGGAUGUGAACUGUAGGAGAAACUGUGCAGAGGCAUACAAACUGGCUAGGAGAAUAAAAUCCACUAACAGCUUAAAUUAAUUGUUUGACAUUUUGUGACAUACUCGUAUUUGCUCUCUUGCUGAGAGUUAGAUGAGAGGAUCAAUACCUAUCUCGUGUGUACAUGAAAUAUGAAGCUAUCGCUAGUAGCUGGCUAACUUAGCUUAGCGCAAAAAGUGACAGUGGGAAAAAAGCUAGGCUGGCUCUGUCCAAAGGUAACAAAAGCAGCCUUUUAACAUCUAUAAAGCUUGCAAAUGAAUGUAUUAUUACCUGUUUGUUUAAUCCAUACAAAAACAGAAGUAUUAAAACAGCAAUUUGCCAUUUUACAGGGUCAUGUGCCCAACAGUUUCUUGGUUUGGAAUUUUGUUUUUUGUAUGAAUUUAAAGAACUAGAUAUGAUGUAUUAAUUAGAAAGCUUUACAGGCGCUUGUCGAUGUAUUUUUCCUAAAUUCUGACAACGCUAGGCUAAAAGUUACAUCGUUUCCAGUCUUCCAGCUGCUGGCUGUAGCUUCACACUUACCGUAAAAAUCGGUAAAUUGGCAUCAAUCCUCUCAUCCAACUGCCAUCAGUGGAGCAAAAAGCGCAUUUCCCAAAAUAUCAACCUUGUCUUUUGAGGUCUGGAACAGGAUCUGCUCAUGUGCAAAUCAUUCAGUAAAGCCACAACACCAAUUCUUCUUACCAUUGACCAGCUGUUUCUACCUCUGCACUUCUUCCACUUUGAAGUCUGUGUCAUGGGAAAAUCCCCAAAAUGGAAUAAAAAGAUGCUCCUUGAACAAUUUAUUCAUGUAUUGAAGGGCAGGGGCCCGAAACGUAACAAUACAUGAAUAAAUUGUUCAAGGAGCAGCUUCUGGUGUGCGGACUUUAUCUUUUUAUUCCAUACUUACCUUUUGGUCCAGCACCCAGCAUUACAUUUUUUGGGAUGUGCGUGCUACUUUUACCUGUUAUUAAAAUCACCAAAAUACCAAACAUGUGAAUAAGGACGUAUUUGUGCCCCACGAAAAUGCCACAAUUCUGACUUAAAUCCCCAUGAUGCAUCGCUAAAGCUGUCUCCAGUAUGUCUAAUGUGGUUGAUGUACUGCUUUUUGUUGCACAUAUAGUAGGUAUAUACAGUGUAAUAAACAUGGUACUUGCAAACUGUACUACCCUACAAUGGCAGAGCACUGUAACUAUGGAGGCAGUGAAGUUUAAGGGGACCUAUUGUGCUUUUCCUUACUUUCUGUCAUAUAUAUAACAUUACAGUGUUGAAUGUUCAUAUUAAACAUGGCCAAAGUUUUAAUUAAUGAGGUAAGCCUAUGUAAAAGUAAUCCUUGAUAGCAAAACCUCAGGCUUCAUACCUUUCUGAACAGUUUCCAACAUUUUGUCCCCUUUGGAGACAAACUGACAUCAUCUCAUGACAGAUUUCUUUAUAUGGUCAUCUGCGCUAGGCAUGCUACUUUAAGUGUUUACAUCACGUAGCCUACACUGCUACAUGUAGCAACAUGCUAACAUCAGGGAAACAUGAAAUCUUGAUUGUCAAUAUUGUUGAUUUCUCCCCAAUUUUGGAUCGUAUUCCUGCUGGAACAUGUCCAGGUGUCAAGAUUUUGGUCAAAAAGCCGUUAUUGGUUAUUCUUUACAGCAGGCAGUGUCGCUAUACUCCAUUACAGUCAUUAUCCAACUGCAAGUACACUGCUACAUGUGGCUAGAUGCUAAUGUCAGGUUGCCAAUGUUGUUCAUUAUUUCUCCCAGAGUUUGGAUCGUAUAUUUGCUGGAACAUGUCUUGUCAUGAAGAUUUUGGUUUUUGGAAGCUUUUAUUGUUUUUUUUUUGUUUGUUUUUUUUAAAUAGAAGAAAGGGCCGUUGUUCUCCAUUACAGUCAUUCCCCUUUCUGCAAUGAUGGUGCAGAGACAUUUAAAUAAGGAAGACCCGGAAAUGCUGACCAAUCAGAGUAGACUUGGCUUUUUGGGCUUAAAGAGACAGAUGCUAAAACGCAGCGUCUCAGACAGAGAGGGGAUUCAGGUCUUCCAGCACAGACAGAAUAAGGAAAAUAAAUUGUCUUCUGAACAUCAAAGCAUGUAAACGUGUUCUAGUAGAAACCCAAAAUACAAGUAUGAAUCUAAAAAUGAGCAUAAUAGGUCCCCUUUAAGGAAAAAAGGUUUAAAGUUCUCAGGCAGGAUGGCAAACUGUACAAUAUAUAGAGAGGUCAUAAUACUUGCAGUUUUUUUUACCCCCAAAAUCCUUACCUAAAAAAUGCAGAUACUGCAUAAGAUAAUCUGCAUGGAACUGCAGUAUCUAAUAAUAAAAUGUGUUAUCUCUGCACUGUCUUAUACAUUUUACCUAUUUUGUUUGAGAAAAUUAACUUUAAGUUUGAUUAUUAUUUGCAGUCCAUUGCUCAUACAAUAUAGUAAAUGUGAUGAUGAGUCCCAGUGCAUUGAGUUUACCAAACUAGAGUGAAGUGCAGCAGCCAGGGACGCAAUACUAAGCCAGAAUGCAGUAACUAGAGAGCCAAAGUGCUUGUUUGGUUUCCGUUUUGUCUGUUACAUCAUUACUGCACAUUUAAAAAGCUGUUUUCACUGAAAUUACACAUUUCUAUGGCAUAAUAUAUUUUAUAUAGUAAAAGAGUUGCCAGAGAGUCCCAUACUGAUUCUAACUCAGUUUUGACCAAAUAUGUAGUUACUGCAUUUUGCCUUACAGGGAUUUAUCAUACUAGAAAUUGUUCAAAGGCCCAAAAUGAUGGUGUUCCAAAGCACUGUGAAGCCCUGAAAACGUGUCUGCACCUCUAAUUGUAAAGCAGUUUCAGUAUUCAAAAAGUAAUUGCAAUAUUUUGUUUAUUGUGAAUUUGUGGUUCCACUCAAUGUAAAAAAAAAAUAAAAAAUACAGCUGUAAGUAUUUGUUUUCACCCGUCAGCUUAAGUUUAUGUGUUUACUGUGUAGCUGCAGAGGAUCUUUGGUAUGCCCUCACUACUUGAUACCAACAGUCCCUUUAAUGGAAGGUUCACAAAGCCUUACUGUUCAUUAUGAUGUUGACAGAACCAUAAAACCUCAUCAUUACAGCAGUGUAUGCACAUGCAUGCACAUUAGUGUGCUCAGACAGAAAGCAAAGCCAAUUUUCACCCUGCGUCAUUCACACGAAUUUGACAGGUGAAUUUGGAACUCACCUUUUACCCCAGUUGUUUAUUUUCCGUCCAGCCUCACUCCAUCUUCUUCUCAUCUCUGUACGUUAUCGAAGCAAAUUCAUAAAGCCCUGAGAUGCACUCAGAUUAAAAUUUUACUUGCGUUCUGUCUGAACACACAGUUAAAACUUCAACUAAAGUCAUGUUUAAGGAUUUUCUCUUCCCUUGUAUGCAAUAUUUUAGUUUACACAAACACAAAGAUUACAGUUAAUAUGGAAAAAAAAAACUUUAACUGCAGAAAAACAGUAUUUGGAGAUUACAGUCUGGAGUACACUGGCUAUCUCUCUGUCCUGGCUAUCGUUUUUUAAUGUGAAUGAGCUCAAUCUCAAAAUACAGAAAUUCGUUAGCGCACUAAUGAAGUCACAUGUAACAAUUUUGCUGUUUGCUGUUACUCGUAAUACCUAUUUUAGAGACAAACCUCGUAAACACUGAAAUCUGAGGCAUUUCUGAAAAACAGCCUGUCUUGUCGAUAACUGAUCUUUGAUGUGAGGUAUUUCAGUGGUAAUAGUGCUUUGCUAAAAGCUUUUAUUGUGACACUGUUACACAGUACUUUCUACACUCGGAGGUAAUGAAAUAUAGAUAGCGUACUAUUUUCUUUCACUCAAGCUUACUGAGAUCUGUGUAUUAACUGUGAUACUGUGAGAAUUAGACCACAGCUAAGGUUGUGUCGUACCAGCACAUAAGUGUGUCUUAAUCAGUAGGGCUGGAUGAUGUAUCAUAAAGUCUAUCAUUUUAAGUUGUCACUGUUAUAAGUAUUUAUUGUGUUGUCUCAUUUCUGAUGUCUUUAGGAAUUAAUUACAGUAUUUCAAGUAAAUAUACGGAGGUCGAAAAGUUUAAUUUUUGACAGUCACUUUAUUUUAGUUGUUAAUAAUAAUCAUUUGAAGGAAUAGUUCAGUGUUUUGGGAGAUAUGUUAAUUCACUUUUUUGCCGAAACUUAAAUUUGAAGGUCGGUAUCAAGCUUCUUCGCAAUGCAGUGAUUUCUCAAAAUGCUGAACUAUUUCCAUAAAAAUUUGGUUUAACAUCCAGCCCUACUAAUAAUUACGUCAAAGAGUGAUGGCAAAAUACCUGAUUGUAAACUUGCACCUUUCUUGUAAUAGUAGUCUAAAAUUGCCUUGAAAACAAAAUUCAUGUCAACUGUGUCUUGUGUAAAAUCUCAUCUAACAACCAUGUCAAUGUCAAAAAAGUAGUAGCUUUAUUUCAAUGUUGCAACAGUCUUUUCUCUUUUGCUGUCUGUUGGCAAAACUUUGUACUGUACUUCAGUGUUGACACUGCCACGUUAGGACUUUAGGGGAUUUUAAAAUGCCUUUGUUUUCUAAUCCUGCUGUGUUCACUGUCACCUGAGCUUGCACACCUUCAAUGUGUUAUGUCUUAUGUGUGCGCAAAGAUGAAGUGUGGAAUCAGAAAUGUGACAAAUGUUUGGUGAGUGUUUAUGUGAUUUUGUGGCUUUGAACAGUUAUAUUUUAAUAAAAACUAACAGUG